AAUGCCGCAAAUUUACCGACAUUAAUCACAACGAGCCCUAUAAAAUCGACGUCAUUAAUCUUCCUCCCUCUGCUCCUCUCCUCUCUGUUCUCGCCUCCGCCAUUGAUCGCCUCCUCGUGAAGCUGUGGGAGCAGCGGAGGCGCCGAAGUGCUUCUUGCCUUGGCCGAUCUCUCUGCGACUUGUAGCGCCUGCUCUUUCGUCUUCACCUCGGAGCCAUGGCAGAGGACCUUCGGCUUCCUGCUGAGCUCCUGGACGACGGUUUUUUCCACGGCUUCAUCGUCGACGACAACGACAAGGUGCGGGACCUGCUCAAUGAGGUGGAGCUCCGGCGGUGGAUCCAGCACCAGCAUCGGCUCCCGAAUCAAGCGAGGAACCCUAGUCCCUUUCUCGCCCAUCGUCAGCUGCAGGCGGCUCGAAUCCGGCACCUGAAGCAGCAGCAGUUAAUGCAGCAGCAAUUCUGGUUGGAAAGACAAAGGAACGCAAAAGGAGUUGGCGGCGGUCACUGCCCUAGUUUUUCUCCUUCCCGGCGUACUCCAUUUCAAGUCCAGCAUCAGCCCCUUCCCGCGUCCGGCAUGACAACUGUCUUCCUUUCCGUGUCCGGCGCCAGAAAAGAACCCACUGGCACCGGCGUCUUCCUCCCCCGAACGUCCAACAGCAAGCCCCAGCCGCAAAAGAAGUCAGGUAAUCCUCAUCCCCAACGCCAACCAACUAGCCGCCCUCCAGAUUCAUUUCUGGGAAGAACAACAAACCCUGUGAGAAGAAGUCCACAGCCUGGUGGUGGUGGUGCUGCCAUUAGAACCCCCAUGAGCUGCCUUCCCCAUGAGUGGACCUACUGACCAACUUCACCAACUGUGCUCACGUUCAAUUGCCAAAUAAAGAAGAAGGAAACCAACAGGUCUUAGUGGAAGAGGUAGUGAGGGUGUGCUGGUUGCUGGUUGAUGGUUGCUGGUUGGGACAAUAAUUCAAUGUUUCUUAGGGUUUAGGGUUUGAGGUUUGUUGACAAUAAGGUCCUCAGUUACCUACUUUGGAGCCUCCAAGGACAAGCAAAGUCUCUCUUGGUUAUUGAUUUUGUUUGCUCUGCGUGCUGCAUCAAUUGGUAUCUGAGUUUUAGGGUUUUAGGGCUUAAGAUGUAUGAUGCAAGUGGUGUUUCUUUGUGCCGUGUGAGCAGGGAUAAUAAUAAUGAGCCAUUGAAGGGUGCCUUUUUUUCUUUUGGUGAGUAGCAUAGUGCUUUUUCAUUGAAAUAAAUGAUGCGUUGGUGAUGACUUAGUGCAUUCCUAAUCUUGUUGUCUUGUGUGAAGUAUUGGCUUCUUUUUUUAGAAUGUAGCAAUUUAAAGCGUCGAGGAAUAAUAAUAUGGAGCAGGGUGCAUUUUGUUUUGGUUA